AUGGCGCUCAGAAUCACAGAGCAGUGGAUCAGGGAGAGGGUCAAGUUGAAACACGAUAAUUUGGGUGAGUUUCCUUCAUUAAAUGUUUAAACUUUUGUAACUGAUUUCAUUUUUACCUCCUAGUGGCACGAUUUCUUGUGGUUUCUAUUUUAGGGCAAUGGUUAUAGCGUUUUUAACUGCAUUCCAACAAAGUUACGUGUUUUCAGUUUGGUUUUGUUUACAUUGCAUGGUUCAACUUGAUGUUUUAGCUCGUACGCUUUAUUUUAUUUUAUGGCAUUUUACGUAAUGAAGCUUCUCUCUUUCUUCUUCAGUUGCUCCAGACACAGAGUUAUUACUACUUACAUGCGCGCUUAAUCAAACUACACGCCAGUUUCAAUAAAACAAACCUACAUUAAUAAUUAUAUAAUUCCCUAAAAAUAUUGGCGCCACCGUGACAUGGAAGUUGUAGCUUGAUAAUUGCUAUCUGACGUCUUUUUAAGACCGGUUUUGUUUUCCAAAAUUCAAACAGUUAGCAAACACCUGUUACCAUCAAAAGUACUAUUAAAGAGGCUUACAAGUUUCCCUUCUAAUCAGCCAAAAUUUUAUUUUGUUGCUUUCCUGUGGUCUUUUAUUGUUAGAUUGUUCUUUGGCCCCACUGCAUCAGCAUCAUACCUGUCACUUUGAUGAUGCAUGUAUUCAGUUACUUGCAAACUGUCCUGACUAGGAUUCUGCAAUUUAGAACAUAUUUAAAAGUUAAACUGGAUAUUUGAGUAUGCGGAUAUGACUUGACUCAGAUUUGAAGAGGCAUGGCCAUUCUCACUAAAUUAUGCACUGUUUAUAAUUAUUACAUACAAAACCACUCGCCACUUCCUAUUUAUUACUGCUUAGUAAUACAUGCGUAAUAAUAAUAAUACAUGCAUAUUGUGCAUGUGUAAUACAUGCACAAUUGAAAAUUAAAUAUACUGUAUGUGGUCCUUGGUCUGCAACUAAAUAUUAUUAUCUUGAAUAUCUUAUCUGAAUCAAAAUGUUACGAGCUGAAAUGCUCCCUGAAGAUAACUGUUAUGUUCAUCUCGAUAAUCGUGAAGUGACAAGUUCCAACCUUAAAAAGCACGAGAGAAUGCGAUAGUUUCCCAACGAAAACGUAAUUUUCACAAUAGUUCAUGUAUUUCAUAUAUUCUUGAUACAAUUAUGCUAUAAGUUAAUACUCAGCGCAGGUAAAAAUAAAAAUACAGCACCUUUUCACCCUAUGAAAAAUCAAAAUAUAAAGAAUAUAUUCAGCGCAGUUGAAAAACUCUGUAUGUGUUCAAGAUAUUACGAAAAGAGCACUUGUAAACAUGUAUAAGGAAUAUUUUUAACACAUUCAAUCAAAGGGUUUCAUUUAUUUUGCAAAUGUCAUUAAGCCAAAGUGAUAGGUCACAGACCAAGGACCACUAUGUGAAAUUUGGUGAUUUUUUUCAAGAGUCAAUAAAACAAAAACUUCAAAGUCAGCAGCAAAUUUGCUUCCAAUGGCAGAAAAAGUUUUAUCUGAAAACCUGUCCUGCAAAAAAGGCACGUAUUCCCGUUGCGUUUUAUUUAUUCAGAAGCCACGUAAACAUGACUGUUUAAUUUAUGGUGCCGCAAAAGUACAAACUUCAAGAAAGGCAAAUUAACCUAUCUGUCUACAAACUCGGAUUUUGCAGCUUUACCAACAGCAGCAAAGCCGAAACUUCACCACAUGAAAGAAGACUAAUCAAUAAAUGAUCAAACACAUUCAGUUUUUUCCUCUUUUUUCAGAAAAGUCGCGGACCGAGGACCACAUACUGAAUUGAUAGUUGUGCAACUUAGAAGAAUAAAUUACUUUUAAAGUAUUAUUAUUAUUAUUAUUGUUAUUAUUAUUAUUAUUAAUUAUUAUUAUUAUUAUUAUUGCAUUACCAUUAAUAAAUAAACAUUGGUGAUGAUAUGAUGGUUUGUCACUAUUAUUUUUUUGCCUGUGAUCAUGAAGAUGAUGUGAAAUCUCUCUCUUUGCCUGGUACAUAUCAUGAAAAGAUAUCUUCACUGGGGACUUCUCUCUCUGGAUUUACUCGACUUAAGUCCCUGGAUUUGUCACGUAAUGCUUUAAUAUCCACGGAGGUAAAUAUUUUCCUUCUUCCCAUCACUUCCUCUUUAAUUUUGCACAAGAUAAUUUAAAGGCAUCAGCAAAGAAUCUAAAUGUUACCAGAUCAAAUCAACACCUGUAACUCACUAAAUGACAAAAUGUUAGAGAUAAGGUUAAAGAGUUGAUCUAAUUCCAGUCCUAUCCAUGUUUUGUCACUGGUGCUUAAUAAGAUUCUUGUGAUUUUCCUUUGUCUUUAUGACAAGGCUAUGCUCUAGCAUCACCUGUUGCCCCUUGAGGCCUACAUUUUACUUCUGGGUAACUGUAGAAUCUACGUUUUUCAAUGGAAAUCAUAUGCUUGGCACCUUGGAUUUCACAGGCAUAGAGCACCAGUCUCUUCAAUUUUUUCUAUAAUCUUAGAACAUUGCAGCCACAGAAAAGGACUAGAUCGCAUGACUCUUAAAGAAAGUCUGCAGACUCUACUUACAGGAGUCUUGGGUGCUUAGGCUAAGCUUUAAAUGGAAAGUUUUUGUUGGAGUUCAGAAUAAUUACAUGUGUAUGCUUUGUCAAGGUGGCCAUGCAUGAAAUACAGUGAAACCUCUAUUUAAUUAAGCGGACACUAAGCCGGGUCCCGAAAUUAAUGUCGUAUAUUUUCCUUUAUAACGAACCCCAUUCAGCAGACAUCUCUAUUAGGCGGACACAGACACUUAAAUAAAUUGUAUUUGACUUAUUUCUAUUGUUAAAACCUUCCAUUAAGCAGACACCAGAUUGAAUGGAAUUGAAUUGUAGUAUUGGAUUACAUCCUUGAAAUACGUACUGGAGUCAAUUAGUACAGAUAAAUCAAUACAUUUAGCUGUCAAUAAACUGUAGAUUAGACUCAUAUCCAGCUGUAUGAUUGUCAUCCGCAAUGAAAGUUGACCGAAAAGUCUUGUAACCGUUGAAUGUUCAUCGUUAACAAACAUUGCACGAUUUUUACAAACCUCUAUUAGGCGGACUCUUGGGAAGGUCCCAGAGGUGUGCGCUUAAUAGAGGUUUCACUGUAUUUACCAAACAGAGUGUCCAUUUUGAGAGUGCUGACUUUCCCCCCUCUGAAAAUCUCUGACCUAACUAAGCCAUACAACUGGGAGUAAUCCUAUUUUAAUUUAUUUCAAUGGAUUCAUUUUUUUUUUUCACUUCUAGGGUUUGCAAGAACAGCACACCUUAGAAUCACUUAAUCUGUAUCCUCAAUUUUCUUGUUUGAACUACAAUACUUACAUGGGCAGUUAAUUUGUUUAUAAUUAAAUUACAGUUGUUUCAGAAGGUAGAAGUACCAGCAGUCCCUUAGUUUAAAGGGGCUUUUAAUUUGUCCUUUAUUUUCAUUUUAUUUCAGGGUUGUCAUUAAGAGCUGGGGGCCGGGGAUUUUCCCCGGCUACUAAGAGAGUGGCCCCCAGCUACUUUUAUUGGAAAAUAGAAGAAAAAUAGAACCAAAAGAAAUCCCUAGCCGUUUGAUUCCCCGCCUGCUUGUUGUAUUUACCCGGCAACUUGAAAUCUUAGUGACAACCCUGUUAUUUUAUUUUAGAAUUUCACUUAAUCUAGUUUGUAGUAAAUUAUGUAGCCUGGCCUGCCUCGAAUAGCCUCACUAACUGCAGGCCAGUCCCAAUGUAUCUUUUGUUAUAUUUCCAAAUUUAAAUAAAGUUGAAGUUGUCAUGUGGGUAUUGCUGUUAAUUUAUUACAAUAAUGUAGGUCAGUUUGUUGUUUAUGUUGUUGUUGCUGCUGUUGAUAUUGUUCUGCUUUGUUUUUUGUGUUAGGGUUAUUUUCUCAGUUUUCCUUAAAGCAAUCUAAAUAGAUAUUACAAUAAUAUUUGUUCAUUAAAAGAUUUGUAUGGACUGCGAAAUUUGACUGAUUUGAAGGUUUGUAGAUGGUUGUUUAGUUUUAUAAAAACAAAUUUAUUUACUCAGUUAUUGCUAAAAAAAGUAGUGCAGUGGAAUGCAACUGAAAUGUGGGGUAAUAUUAUAAAUUUUGCUUUGCCUGGACACUAAUUAUUGGUGGUCUGACAUCUUUUCUGUAGGACUUGGAUCUUAGGUUAAAUCCAGUUACAAAGAAUGAACCAGAUUACCGUCUCUUCAUUGUUCACAUGCUUCCCAAUUUACGCCAGCUUGGUAUGUUUUGAAUUGUACACUUCAUGAGUGUGGUUCACUAAAACUUGGCCUGUUGAUUUUAAUUUGAUAAACCCCCUGUUCCUUCUUGAUUUCAUACAAAAAAGUAUGUUGUUAAUUCUGUUUAAAUGCUCAAAAAUGGAGUCCAACCAUUAAGGUUCAUGUACAAUGUGUUCUGUGGUCACCCACAUUCAGGUUCAGCUGUGUACGUUGUUCUUCAAGUUGUUUCCAUGCGUAACCCUGUUUUUAUUUGCAGAUGAUAGGUCUGUACGCGACAGUGAAAGGAGAGCAGCUAUAAUGCACUUUACUUCUGAUCAGGUACUUGUAUAUGUAAUAACUACAAUAAACAUGACCUGUGAUUUAACUUACCCAUAACUAUUAUACUGGUUAACAUAAUCAAUUCAUUGGAUUAAAAUCCUGGCCCUGAAAAAAAGCCAAGAUUAGGAGAAAGUUGUUGUACAGUAAAUCGAAGGGAGAAUUUAUUAGAUAUGGCCCAAUUUGUUUAAAAGGCAGAUAACAUUAUUCACUGGAUAAAUCACUGUCAAUUGGAUCAUGCAUUAUUAAUUUGAGUGUCCUAAAUACUUAUCCACUGAAUAGUCAUUUAUCCAGUGUAUGACACCAUCCAACUUUUGAAGCGUUAGGAUACCAUUUUUCCAUGCACGUCCCUUCAUUUUAAUUUUCCAACAAUUUUUUUCUUUCAAUUAUUUUUUGUAGGCAUCAGAUUUUGAUCAUCAUUACUCAUCAAACUCUAAAAUGGAAUCAGAGAGGUAAGUACAACAAAACCUGUUUGCGGAAUGAUCAUAACUAAUAACUUCGGGCAGCAGGGCAGUUGGUAAGGGCUGGGGACUAGGGAUUUCCCCUGGGUGCUACUAUGAGAUGGUCAAGAAUAACCAUUGGGGAUGUAGGAGUCAGACCGUCAUAGGAUAGCAGGUAACAGCUACAGUAACAGUGAGACUGUAAAUUGUAGCUUCUGUUCGAGGGACUUUGUUGUUACAAUGCUUUCUGCUUUUCUGCAGGGUUCCUUUGCCCAGGUCUGAAAUGAUACGUAAGCUUGCUUCUCAACCAACAGGUAUUCAUUAUUAAUUAGUUUUAUUUAUAAUAAUGAUAUUAUUAUUAUUUUCUAGUAGUAGUUUAAACCCCUGUGGUCACUUGAAGCAAUCAUGAAAGCAAUGGCAAGAGAAUAUAUUAUUCAUCUUGGCAGAUCAUAAGCAUUCAUCAAAGUUAGUAGAGGAGACUGCCUGUAUUAUAGGCAAAUAGUCCCACGGUUCCAGCUCGUCUUUACUUCGGUUACGUCAAAUUACAAUAAUGGUUGCUAAAAGCAAAACAAAAUUACAAAUUACUAAGGAAUACAAAUGACAGCUAUGAAACAGCGAAAAUACAGGAAAAGGAAACGAACUAAGCGAAAAUACUUACAAACAAAUUGUGUGACUUGAAAGUUGAAUGGAAAGUUGAACGGAAAGUUGAACAGAAAAAAGUUACGAUGGCUGACAAAACUGAACGAAAACAGCGAUGAUGUUGCCGUGAAUGCUAAAGCAAAAUGCAUCUAGAAUGAGCGAUAAAACAUACAAAAUGAUCUAAAAGCAAAGGAAAUUAUGAAGAGAAAUCUAACAGAAUCUUAAUAGUGAUAACUCUAAAGAAUGUGCAAAACUAAACAAUGAACUAAACACUAAACAUAUUUGACGAGGAAUGCAGCCGUAAACAGCAUGGUUAUGAAAGCCGGCAAACAUCAAAGUUGGAAACAACAGUACUGCAAUGUUGGAAGCUCCUUGACGUUGCACAACUCUUUGUUUUUUGUUUACAAAUAUUUCUAUUGUGACUGAACUUUCUGACCAAUGGUAACGUAUCGCAUUAAUGCGUAUUAUAAUAUUAAUGCGAUACAUAAUACUAUUGGUCAGAAAGUUCCAAAUGAUAUUCAUGAAUGCUAUUGAAAGUUGUGCACAGUAGGAACAAAAAUGCUAACAAAAACAUAUAACAAAGGCAUCUAAUGGGUUUCAUAACCAUUUAACAAAUAGAUUCCAUGUUCCCGUGCGUCUGUUCAGUAAUAGAUCACAGAUGACGUCAAAAUGUCGUAAAAACAAAGAAGUAGCACACGAGCCACAGGCAAGUGUGUCACUGUUGUUUUUACCACAUUUUGACGUCCUCUGUGAUCUAUUACUGAACAGACCCACGGCAACAUGGAAUCUGUCUGUUUUAUACAAUGAUCAGAAAAGAAACAGACCGAUACACAUACCUGCCUCGAACCGCUUGACCUUUUGAGGAUUUGUGCUAGUUUAGGCAUUUUUUAAGUCCCAAACCCAACUUUUCAUCUUAGCUUCUUCUUUAUCUUACUUGUGUGCAGUUUCUUCGAAAAGUUUUUCACUGUCUUUUCUUGCUCAAAAAGAAUAAUAGCGAAAACAUUUUGCAAAACAGCGAGUCUCUCGUAGCGAAGACACACGAUGGCAACUGUUGUGAAGAUUUCUUGUAGUUUAGGCAUUGUCAAGUAGUCAAUAGCUUUUUUGGUCUCCGUUUCUCCAUUUUUCUUCUUUGUAAAUAGCUCCUGCUAAACUUUUUCCGAAGCUUUCACUUGCCGAAAUAAUCUCACAAACAUUUUCAAAACCGCGUGCCAUGUUGAACAAAACAAAGAAAACAAGUUUCCCGUGACAUCAUCCUUGUAUGUGUACUAAUAGAUCAUGGGUAACGACCAAUCACAGUGCGCGUAGCAUUCACAUCAUUGUAUAAUCCACUUUAGUAACUAUGCAUUCAUAUAUAAUAAUUAUAUAUUAUUUUUAUAUUAACUGUCUCAUAGAUUUAUCAUUCUUUGAAAAGAUAAAACUAAAAUGUUAAGAUGAACACCAGAUUGCAUCAGGAGUAUUGAACAGUCAUCAUUAACCCUUUCUUGUUGUGUUCCAUGGUGCUCAUCCAUAUCCUUUGUCAAGAAAACUAUAAAAGUCUGUGGCACAUCAAAUAAUAAUAAAUUGUACAUGUUGAUUCAACUUUUCUCUAACUUUGAUAAAAUAACAUUCAGUUCUAGAAGAUGAUGACGUAGCAGUGCUUGAUCUAAUUUCACGUACUGGUGGAGAUUUGUCACAACCAAAAGGAAUUUCUGGUUCAUCAGCCCGAGUGCCUGAUGUUGGAAGCUACACUAGAGAUGGUAUUUAUUAUUUACAAUAACCAACAACAUUAAUUUAUAUUUGUGAUGAGGUGAUCUAAAGGUGAAGGCUAAACCAAGGCAACUGUAGACAGUGUCCUACUGACCUUACCUAUAAUAACUGCAGGGUUGUUUAAAUGUUGACCUCAGGCUUGCUAAUCAAAAAGGCAACAAGUCUACAUCUGUGGAUGAAGUCAGUUACUCAUAAGGGACUCAGAAUAAGUGAAUCUGAUGUCUCAAGCAGGAGUUGAAGUUAUGGAACCUACAGUAAGGCCAUUUCACUAGGUUCAAGUGACAAUACAUAGGUUCACCUUCUGUUGGGAAAACUCAGGUGAUGCCAGACAUCAGGUAGUCUAGAAUCAGAUUGACAGUUAUUCUGGUGAACUAAUCGAUGUGGUUGCAGGUCUUUGAUAAUUUGUCUCACUAAUUCAAGUUCAAAUUCUAUUUCUUUUAGAGCUUCACAAAAUAUUUCCGCCAGUUAAACACAAAACAGAUUCAAGGAAUCCAUCAUCACAGGGAACUUCAGAUGUAAGACCACAAAAAGACAGAGCUUAUGUGCACUUUGCCGAUAAUGAUGUCAGGUUAUCAGACGAUCCCAAUCUAAAAUAUAGAGACGAAACAGAUGCAUAUACAACCAUCUCCACCAGAGGACACUUCACGCCCAAUCCAAAGAUGACUAGUUAUAAUCCAUCACCAAGACAACCAUACAACCCACCGACACUCAGUAGUACAGAACAUGUUAGACCAGAGGAUUUAAGCUCUGACAAAUCUAGAGGCGAUGUAGCUGGCUUGCGAGAAAGAGUAGAGGAUAAAAGUGUUCCUUUGUCUGCAAGGUCAUAUGAACUUUCACCGUCUAGAAAAAGACAGUCGUCUUCUCCCAGGCAAUCACAAGGACCCCUUGCUGACAAGAUAGGUAAAGGAGCCGAGAACGUUGUCAAGGAAACACCAGCACCAGGCCUACACACAAAACUGGUAUGUUAUUGGCAUGACAAUAAUUUCCAGAGCUGUCAUUGAGAGGCGGGGGCUGGGGAUUUCCCCCGGCUACUAUGAACAUGGCCCCAAGCUACUUUGAUUCAAAAGAAAAUAGAAGAAAUAUAGAACCAAAAGAAACCCCUGCCUAGCUGUUUGAUUCCCCAUCUACUUGACUGUUGUAUUUUCCCAGCAGCUUGAAAUCUUAGAGACAACCCUGCAUUUCGCAUUGACGAGUUAAGUUUAACUGUAGUGUAAACCAUCUUCAACAAAGAAAACAACUGGGCAAUGAAACAAGCAAAUCCCAGCUUGGUUUUCCCUGUACAUUAGGCAAAAAUGCAUUUUAUGUGCUAUCUAAUGUCAGUCGUAUACAGUGAUCAUUUUUAAAGCUUAAAAUGUAAAAAAAAACCCUAGCCCUAUUAAACUCAACCCCUUGCAAAAUGAAUUCUAGCAAGGGGAAAAGAUCAUUUUCUCUAUCUUUCCACUGUUCACAUGGGAUACUCAACAAAGUUUAUAUUAUUUAUUAUUUUAUCCACACACUUACUGUUUGAUGCUGUGAACAGGUGACUACUGAACAGUCAGGACAAGUUGAAGAUCAAGGGAUGUUUUUAAACAAACUUCUGGACUUGGUAGACAAGUAAGGUUAUCUAGUAUCAUUUGCAAUAUUUUUUUAAAAAUAAGUUAUAUAUAUGUUACAGGUAAAAUUUGAUUUCAGGUUAUUUUUGAUUUAACCUAGGUUGAUUUUUUUAACCUAGGUUAUUUAUAACGUAGUGUUAUAUAGUCAUGCAGUAAGCCAUGUUAUUGGUACAUGUACAUUAUUUUGUUGUCUACCUAGGUACUGGAAUGGAUCAAAAUCACUCCAUCGGCAUUCCAAAUUUCAAAGUAAGUUUAAUUAAAUUUUUGAGAAUAUUUUCAGAGGUCUGUGCAUAGGUUACAAGAAUGCUCUAUUUUUUGCUGGUUAAAAAAUUCAAUAAUUAUUGUUUAAAAAGUGAAUUCGUUUGGUGUUGGCAGGUCUUGCACAGAGGCUUGUUUCGUCUCACCUACCUGCUACAGUGGGCAGCCAAGAUCACACAGCAUCACAUAGCAUUGACAAGCUACAAAGACAAUUGAAUGAGAGAACGGCUGAAAUAUCAAGAAUGCGUGACCAAAUGUCACAACAACAACGAGAACUAGAACAAGUGCGAAGCUACUUCAAAAGUCAAGAUGGUAUAAAGGAAUCACUUGAUGCCACGGCACAUGACUUGGUGUGUAAAUGAGUCUCUGUAGUUAUCUUUUAUACAUGCCACCAUUAGUCAAGAGCACCAGCAAAACAACAGCAAAAUGCGCUAAUACAGACCCCAGUAUUGUCUCAGUAUAACCUAACUCAUACACUGUAGAUUGGCUUUGUUAUUAAAGUAAAUUACUGAUUUGAAAAAAAGCAAGAACACUAUUAAAGUGAAGUAAUAAAGGUAACUGUAUGGCUGUAAUAGCUUUUGUGUGUUUUUAGUUAUGUAUUUAUCUAUUUGUACUAUGUAAGCAUGACUUUGUGUGUGUGUGUCUUUUUUGUCUUUUUCCUUUUUUUCUCUCUUAAUCUCUAUUUUGUAUGUAAACAUAAGAAAUUAUUUCAUAAAACAAUCAAAACAAAAAAAAGAAUACAGGUGGUGUAAAGCAUCUUAGGUUUUCGUUGGCAGUUUUUAAUUUGAUGUUUCGACACCAACUUUUAACAACUCUUUUAAUAGAAAUAAAAAGCUACGUGAAGGGGUACACGGAAUAAGCUCUGAAUGUUUCAUACUGUUAAUGCUCUUUUCCUUCACAAGAAAACGUAAAAAAAUAAAAUAAAAAUAAUACAUCUCUAGUCUGUAGGUCUUGAAUGAUUGCAUGCCUUUUCUAAACAUACUAUUCAGGCAACUGAGCGAUCACGACGGAUGGAGUUGCAGGAAGAAAAUAACUCUUUGCGCUCAAAAAUUACUGCAUUAGAAGUUGUUUCACAUGGGGAAACAGAACAAGAGAAAGUAAUAGGUAAGGCACUUUUCCAGCUGGCACAUUAACUCUCUAAAUUGUAAUACUGGAUUUUAAGUGAAAACAUUUUUUGCCUGUUGCUAGUGGAUCACCACAAGGGAAUUUGAUUAUCUGCUGAUUGUGUUGUUGGUGGUGUGAUAACUGUGCUUGGGUAUCAAGUAGUGCCAUGGGAUUUGCACUCAAGGUUGUCUCUAAGAGCUGGGGGUUGGAGAUUUCCUCCUUCCACUAUGAGCAUAGUCUCUCUCGCAGUCGUCUUUUGGAUGUCACGGGGGAGCGUUGCAUGACAUCCAAAAAACGGCUGCGAGGGAGACUACUAUGAGCAUAGCCUGUGCUACAGAUGGAACUAAACUUCUGGUUAAGUCCAUCUGUGAAACCUAGCACCAAAAUCCUCGUUCUAGGCCACCAGCUGUGUAGCAGGAUUUGAGUAUACAGAGUAAUACACGCCUUGGUUGGUCUGUUAAAAAUGCCAUUGUCAAUUUGCUAGUCAGGUUGAAAGGAAAUACGAAACAUAUUCUGGUAAUUUGUCGAGUCCAUUAUUGGGGGCCCAGAAAAAGCAUAUCAGCACUGCUUCACAGAUGGUAUUAACAGACUAGGUUAAAUUAUGUGUCGUCUGUAUUAAAUGCAGGCUUCGGUGGGCAUAGCCCCAGGCUAUUUUCAUAGGAAACUAAAGUAUAGUAAAACCAAAAGAAAUUCCUAGAUUCAAUUCCCCGCCUACUAAUUUCAUAUAUUACACAGCUACUUGAAGUCUUAGCGACUGCCCUUUGCACUGCCUUUAGUUGCAGGAGCAGGUCUGGAGCACUAGAAGGUGUGACUUUAAUGGGGUCUUGUCACCGACAGGACCUUCAGCACUAACCUGCACAGCUCCACUGGGAAGUUGUUCAAACGCUGGAUAAUGCUAUCCACCAGAUAAAUCACUGUCAAGUGGUUAAGUAUUAGGGAAAUCAGUUAAUUGUGUUAUCCACUGGUCAGGAUAGAAUUUUACCCAGUCUGGAUAGCGUUUAUCCAGCUUGUGAACAACUGAAGCCUGCAAAUUAUACCCUCCCGACUGGUGUGAUGCAGUCCUCUGAGGUGGUGUGGUAGAUGGUAGAAGGCAAAUUGUGCUUGUAUUGGCUUCUUUCGUUAUAGGAGAACUUCAGCAAAGAAAUCUCUCACUUCAAGAACAAGUCAAAAACCUUAACCAACAAGUACAGCAACAAAAUAUCAACUUGCAACAAUUACAAGAGCUAACAAAUAUGUUACAAGAAAGCCACAGGUAAGAUGUACAUAAUUAUACGUAUUGAUUUUUUGGCUUAUAAUUGAACUUUAUUUUUUUAAAAAUAAAAUGUUCAAGACAGGUUAUAGAAUUUCAUCAUCAAAAAUGAUCUAUGAUGAUUAAAAAAAUUUAAAUUUUAGAUGAAGACUAUGACAUUGAUCUACCGGUAGUUUAUCCACUUACGAUAUCGAUGGACCUUCAGCUGUACACUGCAUCCAUGUUACUGACACAUUCACACUCCUUUUUUCUUAAUACAUGUACAAUCCAGAUCACUGGUUUCCACAAAUGACCAUCUACUUCGGGAACUGGAUGAAGUGCGCCAACGUCAUCAACAUGAAGUCCAUCAAAUGCACUGGAGUUAUGACAAUCUAAAAAAGACUAUAGACUGGAUUCCAAAUAAUACAAAGUAGCUAGUAAAAGGCAUUAGAGAUUUACAGAGUAAAAUAUCACUUGUGUGCAGUUAUGUUCAGUAGUAAAAUAUGUACAGAAAACUUUUCAAGAAAGUCUUAAACUAUUCAAUUUAAACAGGAAAAUAGAAGGUGUGAUUCAAACCCACUAUUUAACAUAAAACUGACAGCAAGAC